UCUCCACAAGCCGCAGACAAAAAAGACCGUGAGAUGUGUUAGCCAGAAGUCCGGAAUCUGUAGAGGAGAUCACAUCGCCGCUGCCAUGAACCACCUCCACCUCCUGGUUUUUGUGAUUUUCUGUGCCGUUGGCAUUGCUCCUUCAGUGGGUCGUCCCAAGAGCGAGGAAAUAGUGAUGGUAGAGGAUAUAAUUCGAACGAAUAGUGGCAAAUCGGAGGAUAGUAGCGUUGCCCUGGUCACUCUCAGUGAAUCGGCCAGCGAGGAGAGCGACGAAAGCGGUCAGGCCAAUGGUUCCGAUGACCUGAUCUUCCCUACACGAAAAAGUCCAAGUAAGAACGAGGACAAAGCCCACAUAGACUUGUCGUCCGUCGGGGAGCCCAAAGUGGAGGAACUGCCAAAAGACCUGACUCCGGCGAAUCAAUCCAUCGAUCUGAGUGCCUUUGUGGCGCUAAUUCCCGUGCAGGAGGUCCAGUCCAUAGCGGCCCAUUAUUACCACCACGACGCGGAGGUUCAGAGGGCGUAUGCGUUCCUCUCCAGCAGCUAUUUUUCGGACAUCAAACGGCAGAUUUUGCAGCUGCCAGAGGUUGUGGCGUUUAUGCGGUACCUCAAUGCCACUGGUUUUGAUGUCCUCAAGGUAGUCCAGUCUCUGGCGGAUGCGGCGCAGCCAGGAGUACUGGAUUUGGCAGCGUCCAACGAAGCGACCACAUCGAAAGCCAAUGAAGAUGGCAGCAGCACCACCACGCGGGAACCACUCAACGGCCUGCAUGGCCUUGUGGACAGUAUCCUAGACAUCUUGCCGCAGGACCAACUUCUGGCCACCUUUUUCGACAAAACCGAGAGCGACAAACAAUUCGCAGCAUUUGUUGACAGCAUAGGCAACCCGAAAUUUGCCAAAAUUCUGAUCGGUCUUCAGACGUCGCUGCCACUGCGAAAUCUUCUAUUUGUUCUGCACAACAAUAGUAUCUACGUGGAACGCAUUGUGGAGUCACUGAAGUCCUACUUUUUCCUGUCUAAUUUCUAGAUUAGUUUCUAAUAAAAUGUGUUCUGUAAUAACA